UGAGGCAACUCCCCAAUGAGAGAGAAAGCAAGAAAGAGAAGGCAGAGAAAGAAGGAAAGAGAGACUAUCUAUGCGUGAACAUGUUGUUUGUAUGCAUGGGUACACAGUAAAAUGUCCAGUGUUAAUUCAACUCUUAACACAUAACAUUUGGUCCCAGAGUGGGACCAAAUGUUCUCCGUUAAGAGUCUGGACAUUUUGCUGUGUAUAUGUGAUGAUAGUUUGUGUGCGUGUGCGUGUAACUGUGAGUGUGUUUGUGAGCAUGAGCGAUACUCAACAGAUUAGAGGACCUGUGACUCUCCAUUUCUCUCCUCAGUCUGUCCUCAUCGGUGCAGCUCCCGAGCUCCACGCUGCCCGCGGCUCGGUGCUAUGGUGCAUCUCUGCAGUCUGUCAUAACCGCCCACUCCCCUGUUAUUCAGUUUGUUUUUUUUUAACCCCCUCACUCUCUCCAGUGCAUCUAGUGCAGAUGUGGGUUUGUUUACCAGCGCCGAGCGUGCGAGACGACCGCGGGUGAGCGCUCGUUACGGCUGGGCUGCGGCGACCGCGCGCGGCUCCGGUGCGAUCCCGCCCCGUCUGCUCGCUCGCUCACUCAAUCCGCUCUGAUUCCUUUCAGGCCUCCGACGGCGAGCAGCGCAACAUGAGCCCUCUCACUCUGCUGUUUUCCUCGCCGCGAUGCUGCUCGGCGUCUGUUAAAGCUCGCUAAGCCAAUAUCGGGGAAAAACGCUGUGCACCAUAAAGAAAAUUGCUCUGGAGAGGGGAGAAAGUGCUUAGGACUGUUGCGACUUCAUCAGCUGGAAAUGAGAUUUCACGCUAAGAAAUGGAUCUGCGCAGGUAGACGCCCCUUUCCCACCCUGGGGACUACGUAAUCCCCUUAGCCAGUGGAGCCCCGGUGCUUAAAAAGCCAAAAACGGACCUUGUCGUCCCACAGAGAAAAGCUAUCACACAUGAGAGAGAGAGAGAGAAACAUGAAAAAGAUAUAUAUUGGGAAAACGGCGCUAAAAAACUCCAGAAAUGGGUGUAAACAUCAAAAGAAGAGUUCUGUGCAGGAUCAGAAAGAGGACUUGCGGAAGCGGCUGUACUACACCACCCGCAAGCUGGAGCUGCUGGAGACGGAGUUCGACUCCACGCGGCAGUACCUGGAGACGGAGCUGCGGCGGGCCCAGGAGGAGCUGGAGAAGUUCACUGACAAGUUGCGCCGAAUACAGAGCGGCUACUCAGCACUGCAAAGGAUCAAUCAGGACCUGGAAGAGAGGAUCCAGAGGACGUCUCAGCACCAUGACGACGAGAGGAGAGCCCUAAGCAGAGAGAUCAUCGUCCUCAACAACCACCUCCUGGAAGCCAAGAUCACCAUUGAGAAACUCAGAGAGGACAAUGAGCUGUACAGGAAGGACUGCAAUCUGGCUGCCCAGCUCCUUCUGUGCAACACACCCCACCACAGAGCCCUCAAGCUGUCUGAGCUGCCUGCUGAUUUUCAGGAGCGUCUCAGUUUGCACAUGGAGACCGCGGACCUCUGCCACUCGCCCUACUCGGACUCGGUGCCCACCACCAUCAUCGGCCAGGUCCUGGAGAAGCCGGACCCCGGCAGCAGCCUGGCGUCCCGCUGCGCCAGCCCGCAGCCCCAGGACGCGCGCUUCCCCCUCAGCAGCCCGGGCGAGGGCGAGGGCGAGACGCUGACCCGCCGGGCGGCGUACCGCUGGUCCGACCUGUACUGCAGCGACACGGCGCUGUACUGCCCGGACGAGCGGCCGCGGCAGCGGCGGCAGAGCGUGGACCUGCACGGCCAGCCGCCGCUGGGCCUGCUCUGGGCCCAGAACUCCACCGACAGCAACGCCGAGGAGGACGCCGCCCAGGCCAGUCCCUCCCAGGAGCACUUCGCCGAGUUCGCCGAGUUCACGGAGUUCGUCACCUCCCUGCAGGCCUCCAGCUCCUACUCCAGCUUCAGCGGGGCGUCCGAAGAGAAGGGGGCGCACUCGCCCCCGUCCACGCCGCACCACCAGGCCCUCUACGCCAACUGGCGGGACAGCGACUACGAGCGCAAGAGCGACUCCUCCUACGAGCAGGACAGCCCCGGUUUCCCGGAGGCUCACGUGUUCCAGCAGGUGGCGCACGCCGGCCACCAGAACGGCGAAUCCGGGCCGGUCUACGCUCGCGCGCCUUCCUGCUUCAGCGAGCCGUACCACUCCCCCCGCCACACCCCGGCCCACGGAGGGGGGUCCCCCCAGCUCUACCGGGACGUCCCGGACGAGGAGCCCUGCGGCCGCUGGAGACGGUUGAGCGUGGAGGACAUCAGCGCCUGCUCCUACCGGAGCCCCGGGCGAGUCUCGCCCUACAGCUUCUCGGAGCAGCACUUCGCCAUACGGCCCGCCAAGAUCAAGCUGGGCCCGCUCUACAGUAGCUUCCAGGAGGGGGCCGACGUCUACUGCAGCGGGGGCGUCCUGGACCCCCGUUUUGUCGUCCCAAGCCGCAGUGCUAGCGCCAGCCCCAGCCCCGAACGGGACCCCGGCGGCCUCUGCACCCAGGAUGGCAUGCCCAUGUACCUGGCCAAAGAGGACAGCCAGGAGUCGGAGCACAGCCUCCUCUUCCAGUCCGCCAGCUCCCGGGACAAGGAGAGCCCUCCAGGCAGCGCCAAGAAGGAGUACGUGGACAUCAGCCCCAACAGCUCCGCUGAAUCCCUCAACCACAACUCUCUGGAGGCCAUCGACAUGCAGGAAUACCAGAGCCAAACCCCACUGAGCAAGACUCCGCCCCCUUACCAGGCGCUCGGCACCCUGGGACUUACCAGGAAGGACAGCCUCACCAAAGCACAGCUCUACGGGACACUGCUGAACUGAAAGGGCCCGUCUUCAUUUGCAUUUUUCGUUUUGACAUAGUUUUUAACAGUUUAGGUGGAAUGUUGUUUAAACUUCAAAGCCAGAAGAACGAGGCUGAGACGAGUAACUCGGGAUUCUCACGACAAAACAGUGUCCUUGGAUCCAAGGCCUUGAAUUUUCUGUCUGAAUUCAGUCAGUACUGCUUGAGUCAGAGCACUCUGUGACUUAAUCCAGUUAAAGCAGGAGUUUUCUUCAGCUCCAGCUGUUUUUUUAGAUAUGUGGUGACGAAAAUAAGACUAGUUUUUGGCAAGUCUGAGGGUAGACCUUUCUUUUCCACAGGACUGCAGCGUGAGUUCAUAUUUAAAUCUCCCAUUUUUUCCCUUCAAGAAUUAAUUUAAAUUUUUGUCUAGUUCUUUUACCCUGGUUUGAAAAGAACAUAAUUUCCCUUUUGGCAACUUCCAAAGCAAUAACUUGGGGCAACACCAGUAAUGAUAUGAUCAACAGAUAGGCAUAUUGACAGACACACUUCAAGAUAACAGUUAAAUUAAUCAUAUAUUUACCUAUUGAAAUAUUCAUAGACAUAUAUUUAUAUUAGAGGCAUGUUGACAAAGUAAAAAAUUAAUGGUAGACUAAAAACCUGACUCUCCUCCCCCCCAUUUUGAUUUUAAGUAUUCAUGUACAUGCCCCUUGUAACAAUCAAUUAUUCCAAAAUGUGUUGUAUGAACUGAGAGGGAAAUAUGUUAAGGGUUCCUGCCUCUCGCCCAAUGUAAACUGGGAUAGGCGCCAGCACCCCCCGUGACCCUGACCAGGAUGAGCAGGUCUAGACAAUGGAUGGAUGGAUGGAUGUGGCAAGGGGUCUGGCACACAGUUCAUGCUGCCCCUGAAGAGGGGUAACUGUUGGUAUUGAUCAAAAAUUUUGUUGGCAGGCUUUCUUAAUUGCCUCCAUUACCCCUAGUGUGUUACAUUAUUUUAGCUUUCAGCCUUUUCAGUGGUUAGAGGUACGUAAGUCCUGUGCAUCUGCUUCAUGCAUUGGCGGAUGCAGCAGUCCAUGUACUUGCAGUCACAGGUUUACAGCAAAUUCAGGGGCUUCCCUAUGUUUUGUGUGGAGCAUUUCGAAAGGACACCCAUGUUGGCUACACCGAGCUGACCAAGUUAGCCACCUUUCUUUCCAACAAUUUAUAUCCACCAUUACAGUAGAUAAUCGUAAAAGCUCUUAAAGGGCACACUGGGUUGUUUUUUUCAAAAAACCCAAGAAAAAUAUGCACUUUUUUAGCUGCUGGAUGACUCAUCCUGUUAAUACACUGCUCCAGUAUGUGUAUGUGCCAACAUGACCCAGCAUUGAUUCUUCACUGUCCGGGAUCAUAAUGAGUUCAUAUGUCAUUGGUAAGCAUGUCCAAUCAAAUGCUCGUCUUGGGUUACAUUUUCACAUGAGACCACCCAAGGUGCCUUUUAAGUGUUUCCAACAGUCACAGUAUUUAUUCCCUAAUCGAAUGCUGUGAUCCAUUGAAGGGAAUAAGGCUAUAGACCGUGAUGGUCAUUUUAUGGGGACUGAAAGUCUCAUUGCACAAACCUACUUGAAACAGGCUAAUGUUGGCUGCAGUGAAAACAGCCGCAAACAAUUUUUUUAAACUUUAUUUAUUUGUUUUUUAAGAAGACGGUAAUUUAGGUAUUCACAACUAAUUGGGCAGCCCCUAGAGCAGGGUUGCACAGUGAGAGAUGAUUCAUUUCAGGAUUUCAUUCCAGUUCUGCCCUUAAUUAAUUAGCUUAGCCAUUUAUUUGAUGUGAGAUCACCGACAAAUUCACAAGCAACAUCUGCUGACUGCACGUGUAUCCCAGAGAAUGUUUGUGGUCUGAUAUAGGAGUGAACCAGCAAUGAAGUACAGCUUUAUCAGAAAAAGACUUGCGGGAACACUGGCCUUCCCGGACUGGAGAUGUGAAUGGUAGAGGCAAAUUUUCCAGAGAGCUUGCACUACUUUUAGCCCUGAAUAGCGUAGACCAACAUAAUGGCUGAUCACAAGAAUCAGUUCAAUGGAACAAUCAAAAGCAAAACCUGGAAACUAGACAUAUAAAAGCAUAACAUUUCUUAAACAGAUUAUUUUCAACCAUUCAAACUAAAGCCAUUUCUAAUUGGUUACUAAAUUACAUGUGAAAUCACAGAACUAAUAUGACCACUAACUGUGUAACCCUACACAUGUAAACAAAAAAAUAAAUACAUUUAGAAGUUGCUUGCCCUGUAACUGGAAGAACAUUUAUUUUUUCAGGUCAAAUCCACAACACUUUUCAUCAGAAGCCAUUUGUAAAACCACUUUAAUUCACUGAUUGAGUACAGGUAGCUAAUAGCUUCCACUGUAUUGGCUGAGAUGGGGAUUCCCACUGAGGUUGCACUGUGGUUCAACCAUUUGUGACCUUGGAGUGUGAAUAGUAUGUUUGAAGGAGAACGCCAAUUCCACGCACAAGUGUAACCUGUACCUCUCCUCUGACGUGCUUCUUUGAUUCAGCAGAUUUUGGUAACAGGAGGAUAGAGACCACGCCAGACAGAACCAGGAACUGAAAAGGGAGAGUAACCUGACACAGAACCUUACAAUCAUACUCAGAAAUCUGAAUCAUAAGCAUAAAUCAAAAUUAGUGUAGAAGAGAAGAAUAUCAAAGGGAUCUGGAAGCGGAACCAUUCAUUUUAAUUUUGAAACCAGAAUACAAGCUUGAAAUCUGAAAGAAAGCCAGAAAAUAGAGUCCAACCCAUAAAUAAAGCCAUAAACCAAUUUAAAGUUAUAAAUCUGAAACAAAGCCAGAAACCAGACACCAGAAUGCAAGUAAGAAAUCAGAAAUAAAGCUAAAAAUCUAAUCCAGGAACCAGAAUCAGAGCCAGAAACCAGAAUCAGAGCCAGAGACCAGAAUCAGAGCCAGAAACCAGAAUCAGAGCCAGAAACCAGAAUCAGAGCUAGAAAUCAGAAUCUGAGCCAGAAACCAGAAUCUGACCCAGAAACCAGAAUCAGAGCCAGAAACCAGAAUCUGACCCAGAACCCAGAAUCAGAGCCAGAAACCAGAAUCUGACCCAGAAACCAGAAUCAGAGCCAGAAACCAGAUUCUGACCCAGAAACCAGAAUCAGAGCCAGAAACCAGAAUCUGACCCAGAAACCAGAAUCAGACCAAGAAACCAGAAUCAGAGCCAGAAACCAGAAUCAGAGCCAGAAACCAGAAUCUGAGCCAGAAACUAGAGUUGGAGUCAGAACCAGGCCUUAAAUAGGAUAUGCAAAACACACAGAGAGGUUGAGAUUGGAGGUUUUCCCACAGAAAGGGAGUUUUUGUGCUGUAUAUAUUAACUCACUGAUACAGUUUUUAAAAUAGACUUUGAAAUAGGCAUUGAAAUAUUGUUCCUUGCUGUAUUACUGUUCUUUAACUUUGAUCCUUUGGAAAAGUUCCAUGUCUGCUCUACCUCAGAUGUGAUCCACACCUCUUCAUGGAACAACACGUUGCGUGUUUAUAUCUACAUUGUAUUGCAUGAUUCUCUAUUUUUGUUGUACAUUUCUUUACUCAAUAAAGAACAAUGUGCUCACACUGAGACUGA